UUUUUCCAAAUUGAUUCAAAUGUAUCUUGCAUGAAGCCAUUUUUAUUCCAGACCACAUAUUGUCCUAUGUAUUUGAAUGUGACGCUAAGCCUGCAUUUUGGAUUUGUGCAGGUUUCAAUGUUAGUGCUGAUCAAAGCUGCAUCUAGAUUUGAUGAAAGGUACACUGCAGUAGCUGCCCCCUGCUGGUGUGAUUCAGAUGCUGCAUCACACGUACACGUUACCCUGCAUUUUAUUAUGAGCAUUUUGGGGAUAGCGCUAGCAGAAUUGGAAGGGUUCCUGGAGCUGUAUACCUCUUACGAAGUCUUACGAAUUUUCUCCAUGUUACAAUACCUAGAUGCGCAUUUCAAUCCCGACGGAUUAUGUAGCCUGGGUUCUAACCACUAGAUGUCGCCCUCGUUUGGCUGAUAUUUCGUUGUUUACUAUUGGGGUGUGCUUCCUAUGAAACCGCUGGAUGGAUAUAGGAGUCUUACUUAGUGAGACUGUUCAACGUUCUUUAUACGCCGUCGUUAUAUCCGGCCGAAGUGUCCCGAAGUCCUACAUAGCCCUAUCAAAGUAAACGUGCCCUCCGUGCGCGUUCAUGUGCACUCCGCGCGGUCGCGAGCCUGGCUCCCAGCCCGUGCCGUGCGCGCCGCCGGCCCCGGAAGCUGGCUGCGCGGGCGGCUGCGCUUCCUCAUCGCCAUUCUCACCCAGGCUCUGUCGCGGCGGAGCGCGCACAUUCACGCCGAAGGAAAGCCGCUUGCACGGAUCAUGGCGGAGCACGACCCCACCCCCGAGCAGCUGGCUGCCAUCGCUGCCGAGAACGAGACUGCAGAGAUGGUUAACUACCGUGCGCCGGCCCAGAAGUCCCUGCAGGAGAUCCAUGAGCUGGACAGAAAUGAUGAGAGCCUGAGGAAAUACAAGGAGGCCCUGUUGGGCUCGGAGUCCGCCCCAGAAGCCGACCCCGAGGUCCCAAACGUCCAGGUAACCCAGCUGACUCUGGUGUGCGAGGCGGCUCCCGAUGCCUUAACCAUCGACUUGCAUGGUGAGUGGGAGAACCGUUCCUUGGUUUGGCACGUAACCUUCAUUGGUGGGGGGUCGGGGUUGAGGAAUGGGAGCUUUUGGAUGUUUCCCUUCAGUGUGAAUGUCAGCCCCUGCUGUGUCCCUGCUCUUUGCCUAGAGGACCUGGAAGCUUUGAAGAAGCAGUUCUUUGUGCUGAAGGAGGGCGUGGAGUAUCGGAUAAAAAUCAACUUUAAAGUGAACAGAGAGAUUGUUUCGGGCCUGAAGUACAUACAAGAGACGUUCAGGAAAGGAGUUAAAAUCGACAAGUCAGCCUACAUGGUGGGCAGCUAUGGGCCGCGGCCAGCCGAGUACGAGUUCCUGACCCCCCUUGAGGAGGCACCUAAGGGCAUGCUGGCUCGGGGCACGUACAACAUCAAGUCCCACUUCAGCGACGACGACAAGCACGAUCACCUUUCCUGGGAGUGGACCCUCAACAUCAAGAAGGACUGGACGGACUAAGGCCCGCUCCUCUCCUCUCCGCCUCUGUCUCCCCCGGCUUCAUCCACUUCCCUUUUUCUUUCCUCCGUUGUAAUUUCAGCUGUAACGGCCGCAAAGAAAGAUCUCCCUGCCCUCUUCAACAGUCCCUUUGCGGUCACUCUCUUCCUUCUAUGCUUGUCGUGGAACAUCGUCAGCUCCCAUGUUCUAAGAAAUGAAAUAAAUCUGGAAUAAGUCUUGAUCAGGGUCAUGGCGAUGGGGGUAGGAGGUCAGGCAUAGAGUAGCAUGUCUGUAUAUAAAUCACACUAUACUCCUGCUGUGGUUCUGACAAGCCCACAGCGUGGCCUAUAUAUAAAGAGAGCACUGGUGCCACAUGGGAUCAAAGGUCAUCAUUGGGUCCAUCCCCCCCACUCCACUGACAGAGCCCUUACAUCUGUCUUACACGUGUGUCUUAGGGUUUCUAAUUGCAAUUCUAAUGAUGAAAUGUCAUAAGAUGUUUUUCUCUGUGUGUUUUUCAGUUUAUCAAACUUCCGAUAGCUUCCUGUCCUCAGGAGCCCAAAUUUUACGUUCUGUCCAGGCUUGUUCUUCAGGAGGUGAACACUGUGCGUUCGGACAGAUCUCAGUUCAGGGACGUUUCGUCCACCAUAAUGUUGGAGGGUGUCCGAUGGCGUGAAUUCUGAAGGUGCUGGUUUUGUGGCGGGGGAGAGUCUUUCCCUGAGUUGUGGACGUCACCCCGAGCAGACAAACGUGGACCAUCAGUGACCAGCUGACUCACUAACGCUGUCAUUAGCCAGCAGUGAAUUUUUCGCUGUCGGCGAAUUCUGCGUCAUUCUGGCCCAGAGGCGCCAUAGGAAGUGGCACCGGGAAAGAGACCGGAAAUGGCGGUGAGGGCUUCGCACAGAAGUGGGUAACGUUUGGCUGGCUGUCAUGGUGAUCAGGAGCUCACUCUAAUCACAAGGAUUCUCUAAUCCUGUUGAGCCCCCAGUUGUCUUUACGCUGCCCCACUUUCUUCCAUACGUUCAUUCUGUUCUGGCUCUGGACAGUCUCAUCAAACUGACUGACUCACUUCCAUGGUUACCCAGGCUAGAGCUGUGACACCAAGGGAAAUGUCCAGGAGAGGGGGGCCUCUAGGGGCUAGAAGACCUUAGUCCUCAUCGAAGGUGCUGUGCAGGGCAGAAAAAACACUAAACAAGUGUUUCCAUGGAGAUGCAUUUUGACCCCGUUUAGCAGGUUGCUGAUUUCUGAUUCGUGCAGACCGAGCAUCAGGGCAGGUUGUUGAUUUCUGAUUCAUGCAGACCGAGCAUUAGGGCAGAUUGUUGAUUUCUGAUUCGUGCAGACCGAGCAUCAGGGCAGGUUGUUGAUUUCUGAUUCGUGCAGACCGAGCAUCAGGGCAGAUUGUUGAUUUCUGAUUCGUGCAGAUCGAGCAUCAGGGCAGGUUGUUGGUUUCUGAUUUGUGCAGAUCGAGCAUCAGGGCAGGUUGUUGGUUUCUGAUUUGUGCAGACCGAGCAUCAGGGCAGGUUGUUGGUUUCUGAUUUGUGCAGACCGAGCAUCAGGGCAGGUUGUUGGUUUCUGAUUUGUGCAGACCGAGCAUCAGGGCAGGUUGUUGGUUUCUGAUUGGUGCAGACCGAGCAUCAGGGCAGUAUCGUCUGGGCCUCGAGUGGUCAGCUUGAAGCUGUUUAUCUUCUUAUUCUUCUUUCACUGUUUUGUAUGUUUAAUGUUUUUCUAUUAUCAUUUUAAACCUUUUAUUUAUUGCUUCUGAUACCUUGAGAUCACACUAAAUUGGUCAUCGGACCAACUUGUGCUAUUACUAUCCCCCCUCCCACAUCCGUCCUUAUUUGGGUGGGGAGGGGGGGGCAAACUGGAUCAGAAUGUCAGCAUUACAUUAUCCGCGUUUACCCAUAGUGCAACACUACGUGUGACCCGUCUUACUGUGGAACAAUCUAAUUUCUACGAAUUGCCUUAUUUGACUGUAAUUUUCUUCCUCUCUGUAAUUAUCCGUCUCCAUGUGUUAAUUCAGUCCUGUUUCGUCUUUGUUCUGUUAUUUAAACACGGCCGUCGUCCAUGUUUUUUGCAGUCAUCACAGCAUGUUGUUGUGAAAUUUUCACAAAGAGAAUAAGUAUGUUUGAUCAGGGCCCAGUUGGAUUAAAAUAUGAAAUUGAAUAUUCAUUGUAUAAUUUCAUUCCUAUAUCCUAACUAAUGCAAUGAUUAUUUGUAAAAUAUCACAGGCCUUAGUUACUCAUGUAAGCUCUUAUCCCAAAAACCAAGAACCUUUCAUUGAUUAAAGAUAAUUUAUGCCUUGGAAAAUUAAAAUGUUACCAUUUUAAAUUG